CUUCUCCCGCCAAGAAAGGGAACUUGGCAAGUGUUUGCGGUUGUCGACGGAGGUGAAGGAUGGAGGCGAGUGCCGGUGCGGCCGCGGCGGGAGUGGGGAGGUGUGCCGAGCAUGGCAAGAAGCUAGCGUACUUCUGCAAGCAGGAGAAGCUGAGAGUUUGCAGCAAGUGCGUGAUCCUGGGAUCGCACCGAGAGCAUCCCGUGGUUCCAGUGGCUGAAGCAUUAAGUGAGCUGAAGGAAUUGCUGUCUGUGUGUUCAAAGGAUUUGGAAUCCAAAUGUUUGGAGCAAAACUUAAGAUUGGAAGAGAUUGAGCGAAGUGUGACCAAAACCAAGGAAGAAGCUGAUGCACUCCAGCGCCAGGUGGAAGGUGAUUUUGACGCUUUGAGGCGUUUCCUGGAUGCAGAGGAGAAGGCUCUGACGGAGCAGAUAUCUGCUGAGGCUCAGGGGAUCUUGCAAGAACUGAGCAGGUUGAAGAUGGAAUGUUUGCAGCGAGUGGGAAGUCUGACUGGGCUGGCUGAGCCUCUCCACUCAGCACUGCAGACUGACAACCUGAGUGAAAUCUUGAAGGUGUUGGAUAUUUCCUCUGAUGGAUCGAGCUGCUCGAGUGCAACUGUGAAUGAGCCCAUUGUCCGUUUUAAGAGUGAGAAAUUUCUUGGCCCACUGCAGUACAAAGUAUGGAAGAAGAUGUUUCAAGUAAUUCAGACAGUGCCUGAAGCCUUCACCUUUGAUCCUUUGACCUCUCAUCCUCACCUUGAAGUUUCUCCAAACCAGCGGACAGUGAUAACUCGCCGUGAGGCAUUGCCGGUGCCUUAUGCUGAUGGGAGAUUCGACACCUGUCUAUGCGUUCUCGGUAAUGAGCCGAUUUCCUCAGGAAAGCACUACUGGGAAGUGAUUGUUAGAAAUAAGACCAAGUGGGAUCUUGGUGUCGCCUAUAGUUCCGUACCCCGUCACGGGGAUCUCAUCUACAAGCCUAGUAGAGGCAUCUGGUGUUUGACAUUACGGUAUGGCUGUUGCUAUGAAGCCUGUGACGAGAAUGACAUUGAGCUUGAAAUUCAGCACAAGCCAGGCCAAAUUGGUAUCUACGUGGACUACGAGGGCGGUGUGGUGGUGUUUUUGGACGCCGAGACCAUGCAAACACUACAUGUUUUCCGAGCAUGUUUCACAGAGCAGCUUCUGCCUCUGUACAGCCCAUGCAUAGUGGAGGAGGGGACUUCAACUGACCAGCAACUCACUAUUUUCAGAUUGUAUUUGUAUCACUAGUGAUUGUGUUCAGUGUGUGUGUGCUGUUUGCGAUCGCAACAGAGGGACCCACUGCUCAUUGUUAAUGGGUAUUGACUAAAUUUACAACUGAGAGGAGAAUAAA